UAUUUAACAAGAGCACGGGCCCACAAUAGAAUUAACUGAAUAACAAUACUAGUGAAUCCACGAAUAUCCUCUCAUAUAUUCUUCACAAACACUGACUAUUCUAUAUAAACACAAACACGUCUUAAAUUCCACACAACAGAAAAUGCACCAAGAAGAAGAAGCCCCCAAAAAACAACAAUACCAAGCGUUGGAAGAAAUCGGUCGAGGCAAAUUCGCCACCGUCUUCCGCUGCUUCCACCCUUCCUCCAACCAAUUCUACGCUCUCAAACUCAUCAACAACCGCCUCCUCACCGACGCCACCGACCGUCACUGCCUCGAAGUGGAGGCCAAGGCCAUGACCUUCCUCUCUCCCCACCCCAACAUUCUCAAAAUCAUCGACGCCUUCCAAGACGCCCACACCUCCACCAUCAUUCUCCAGCUCUGCCAGCCUCGCACCCUCUUCGACCGCAUCGCCGACGGCCCUCUGCCGGAGUCCCACGCCGCCUCCCUCACCAAACAGCUCCUCGAAGCCCUCACCCACUGCCACGCGCUCGGCCUCGCCCACAGAGACAUCAAACCCGAAAACCUCUUGUUCGACGAAGCCAACAACCUUAAACUCUCCGACUUCGGCUCUGCAGAGUGGUUCGGUGAGGGCAGGAGCAUGCGCGGCGUGGUGGGCACCCCUUAUUACGUGGCGCCUGAAGUGAUCAUGGGGAGAGAGUACGACGAGAAAGUCGAUGUUUGGAGCUGUGGGGUUAUUCUUUACACAAUGUUGAGUGGCAUUCCACCCUUCUAUGGCGACUCUGCUGCAGAAAUUUUCGAAGCUGUUUUAAGGGCUAAUCUUAGGUUUCCUUCCACAAUUUUUAGGUCUGUGUCUCUUCAGGCUAAGGAUCUUCUUAGGAAGAUGAUCUGUAGAGAUCCCUCUAGACGUAUAUCUGCACUUCAAGCAUUGAGACAUCCAUGGAUUUUUAGUAGUGCUGAUCUUUCUUGAAGAGUGCAGCUUCCAACUUUUUCAUCCAUUUUUGUACAAAUUAUACAGAAAAACAGAAACUCUUG